AUGGGUUCGAAAGGCCCUGCUCAAUUUUGGUCCCACCACAAGGAAGUCGUCGUAGGCAACCACUUCGACAAGAUAAGAGGCCCCGUCCGAUGGGAUACGCGCCCCCACGCUUUGCAUCUCACCCACUGGGAUGAGACGCUUGUACCAAUCAAGAUUAUAGCAAUGUCGGCGGGUAGUUCUGUGGUGUGGGAGGAAGAUGGAUGGGAAGACGGAUGGAGAGCUACACCAUUCUCUAGACAACGCCCGGAGUUUCUUCUGAAGGGUGAACUUGACUCACCUGACUGUGAACAGAUGGUGUUGAAGUGGCAGGAAGAUCCUCACGAGGUCCUUACCGAGUUAUUGAGAUGCGGAAGGGACUCGGCGUGA